AGGUUUUAGAAGACACAAAUUGACUAAAAUAUUUACGUUACAAUUAUGUUAAAGUUAAUAUUGUAUUUUGUUUUCUUAUGACUUUUCGUUAUUUCUCAGUUACUUAUUUUUUUUUGGAACUCAUAUAUGAUUCUUUCUAUUACGACUUAUGACUUUGUAUGGGCAACGAAAAAGAAAAGCUUCAAAAUUUUCGGAUAGUUCGAAACAAACUCUAGUAAUACCAAAUAAUGAUAGGCCUACUAACGGUCCUCUUACAAGAUCUCAAGCUAGGGUUGCCAAAGUUAAAGAAGAAACUUAUUUUCCUAAACAAGUUGUAACCAAAGUAUGUCAGUCUACUAUGACUAAGAAAGAACCUUUUCUUUUGCAUUUACAAUCAACGCAACCCAUUUUUAACAGUGGUCGCAGAUUGUCUAAUUAUUCAGAUUUUGUAUACGGACAAAAAAAUAGUUUUUGUGAGUUGAAUUCUUGUGAACAAACUUUUGGGGGUUCUGAAAAAACGGAGCCAACAAUAACAGAUCUAGAGAGUAUAAAGAAAGAUGAGGCGGUGAGAAAGGAUGCGCAAGUUGGUUCAAAAGUAUACAACAAAAAAAAACAAAAAAAACUUAAUGCAUUGUCUGAGAAAACAAAAGAUGCGUUAUGUUCAAUGCCAACGUGGAGUGUGGGGAAAGACGUUAGACAGUCUUCCAUUCUAAAUGAAAAAAAUUCAGUAGUAACACGCCGUUUUAGUCCGAUGUUAGGUGAUAUGAGACGGAGUUUACGACUCGCGUAUCAAAAUCCUGCCUUUUUACGAUUAAAUGAGAUGGUGAAAAUGACACAAGGUUCAAAAGGUGAAGAGGAAAACAGCUUUCCAGAUAGCACGUUGGAAUUUCUUGAUCUUUUGACCAAUUGUUUUACCAAACAAGAAAGUUUUUUUGUGUUAUUACUGGGUGCACCGAAUUGUGAAAAAAGUACAAUGGUAUGCUCGGCUAUAGAAAAAGUUAUGAAUGACUCGUUUCAAAAGAUAACGAAAAAAAGAAAGGGUGUUGUUGGUUGGUCACUUUUCCCUAUUAUUAUCCCAGCAUUUUGUAACGAUGAUGCUUCGUGCUUAUCGCUAAUGGUGCAAUCUCUUUUUGAGUAUAUAGUUAUUUUUUCAAAGCGACUUCAAAUUGAUUUAGACGAUUUUUUUAAUUCUAUUGCAUCUUCAGUUGGCUCUUAUGUUUUCAAAAAAAAAAAAAAAAACAAACAGGAAAGAAAUACAAAAAUAAAAAAAGAAUCGAAUAACACGGGAAAGAUCAAGACAAAAAUCGAUAAUUUAGACUUCCUUUCCUUAAGAUGUCGACUGAAAUCUUUACCUUAUCAAACGGAAUUAGAGGUGUUAUCCCAACUUUUGAAAUAUUCUAAAAAACACCAAUUAGUCCCCAUCAUUUCCAUUGACCAUUUCGAAUGCCUAGUAUUAACAACGCAUCGUAACCGUCAAACACUUUUAUACAACUUAUUCAACUUUGUUCAUUCUAAAGAAAUUUUAUGCGGUAUUUUGGGGUGUUCCUCAGUAAUUCAUAUUUCAACUUAUUUUGAAAAACGCAUUCAAUCGCGUUAUUCAUUAGCAAGAAUUCAUUUUAAAACGUCUUCAACUGUAAACAUGAUAUCCAAUUAUCUCUUAUCGCUAACCAAAUGUGCUACACUUGAACCUAACUCUUCUAGAUCGAAGAGUGUUUCAGACUCAAUUUAUGAAAAGAUGACAUCCAGUUUACAAGAAAGUUCAGUGAAGGAUAUUAUUGAUUUUUAUACUGCAUUGGAUCAUCGAGCUUUUGAAUAUAUUAUCUUAACGCUCGUUCAACAAAUUUUGUUUUGGCUUCCGUCCCUUCAUUCAUAUCAGCAUCAGAUUCUUCAAUGUGAAAACUCCACACCCCUAGAUAAAACUGACCUGACUUGCGCUAAACAAAGCCUUCAAAUGAAUAAUCAAGAAAAAGAAUCAGCGUUAACCUAUACUCCGACCAGACAAAAAAAUAAAGAUAAUUUGACUUUAAACGUUCUUUCCCAAAACUCGGCUUUGACCCCUUCAAGGCAAAAACCUCAAUGUGGAUUUAACAAUUUCGGAACCGGUUCCAUGACGUCUUCAAAAUUAAACUUUAAAGUGUUACCUCUGGAUUGGAACACGGAAUACCAUGACACUAUCUUGUUUCAACUUUCUUUUAGUGAAUGCCAAAUUUUAGCGGUGAUGGCUUACAUGCACAAAAAAGCACUCCUCGGGAAAACAUUGAGUCACAUUAUGACCGAAAUAAAUAGGAUUGAGAAAAUGUCUUUGGUGUCAGGAAGAUGGGUUCAUGAUACGUCCACUAAGACAUCGGUACAGCAGCAAUUUCGCUUGGCAUUUAGUCGUCUGUUAUCAUUCAAUCUUCUUGAACCUUGUUCUUCGGAACUUUAUGGGGGGACUGCUUAUUUACUUCAGCCUGUUUCUUAUCCCUGUUAUGAAAGAUAUGACCAUUUUGUAUAGAUUUUUAGUUCUCUACUCGAAAUUAUAUUUGCCGACGCAUAUUGAGCGUUAUAUCCAAUCUGCUUGAAUAUCCUUCUUUAAUCAAAUGUUUGUAUUCUAUCAAAAAAAUAAAGUAAUGUUCAAGACUUCCCAUUAAUCGUCGUACACAUCUAACACCCGAUAAGGCUCGUUUACAAUUGUUUUAGAUGCGAUUUGAGAGUUUUCUUCAAUUUUUGUUUACUAGUUAGUAUUCUUUUAAUGAAUAUUUUUUCUUGUAGACUCUCUAUGAUUCAUUAAGUGAAACCUGUAUUAUUUCUAUUGUAUAAAGAACGUCAUUUCC